AUGUCUGCCGCUUUAAAGAAUUUGGGUCAAAGUCUCGCCCGCAUAAAACCACUUUCUUCGCCGGCUGCAGCUUCAAGGGUCGCUCUCACUUAUGAACUACAUAGCCUCACACCUGCAGGUUGCAAGAAUUUAGAUGCCGACAACCAUGUGCCCAUAAUAUUUCUGCAUGGAUUCCUUGGAUCGAAGAGAGAAAACCGAAGGAUGAGCAAGUUAUUGGCUAGAGAUCUAUCGAGACCGGUCUUCGCUGUAGAUCUUCGUAAUCAUGGGGAGUCGGGCCAUCACUUGAAACAUGAUUACAUGGAAAUGGCUCUGGACGUUGCAUCUUUCAUGCAGAGCCAUGGGAUGGAGAGAGCAACACUUAUCGGUCAUUCUAUGGGCGCCAAAACUGCUUUAACACUUGCUCUUCAGCUCCCAGAUCUCGUCUCCGAUGUUGUAGCCAUCGACAACUGUCCAAUCCAUUUACCUCUGACGGAUGAUUUUCGAGGGUAUCUAAAAGGAAUGGCAAAAGUCAGGGAUGCCAAGGUGAAAACCCACCACGAGGCUGAGAUGAUUCUGCGAGAAUAUGAAGAUUCUCUAUCCAUACGGUUAUGGUUGCUGAGCAAUUUUGUUAAAGACAGCGACACGCCAUAUCUAAAAUCCCGCGUUCCGUUGGAUAUACUCAACACCGCAUUGUCUCCCCUGGGCGAUUUCCCACAUAAGAACGAGACAGUAAAAUUUCACAAUCCUACACUUUUUAUUCGGGCGCUUCGAAGUCAUUAUAUCCCGGAGAAUGCCCUUCCGGUCAUGUCUUCCUUCUUUCCUCAGUCACGGAUCGUCAAUAUAGAUUGUGGACACUGGGUAGUUCAGGAGCGGCCGGAGGAGCUGAAAUCAGGUGAUUUACCUAUUUCUUUAUCCUAA